AUGUUGUGUCUUAGCUUUUUGCAUCGUUUCGUUUUACCUUCCUCAUUUAGCAGAAAUGAUCGCGGCUAUUUCACACAUAAACGUGUUCCAGAUUCUGGGAUUCAGGGUCCUUCUAAAUUACAGGACUCGGCGACCCGGAUCGCAGCAAAUAACAGUGUAACACGAGUGUGGCUUAAGAGGGCUGGGGAGCUCUUUCUAGAGGCAUCGACCCCAUCCCCGGAUAAAGGAUCUGCAAGUUUUCUGUCAUCGCGACCAGAUGAACGAGCAACUGGGCUGCUGUUCCCGGUCACCAACGCACACGAAACGUUCAAUAAAUCCACCGAAGGCUGGCUCCUCGUACCUUCCUCCACUGCCCCUGCUCCCCAGGCCCCACCUCCCCGGCAGCCGAGACCAGGCAGGGCUCCACCCCGCGCCCCGGCGCCCGUGCCCCUCUCGGGCGGCGCUGCCUGUGUGCCGAGAGGUGCUGGUUGCAAACGCAGCCUGGCACCGGCUGGCCUACUACUCCCCAGCCCGGCCCCCAGCCUCCCGCUCGUAGGGCACUGCCUCCGCGCCCCCCGCCCCCCCGGCCCCAGCCGGCGCGGCCGCCGCGACCCUCGCCCCCGACCUCUCCCGACCCAAAGUUUUGGCGGAGGGGGAAAGUGCCCAGGGAGCGGGCCGGCUGGCGGAGGCUCCGGACGCGCGGGGUUCCCUCCGUCUUCCUCAAGUCCACCCUACCGGCUGCCGCCGCCGCCGCCGCCGCUGCUGCUCCUGCCGCGGAGUCCUUGGGGCUGCAGCCCGGCAGCUCGCAAGGUGGACCAGCAGGGCUUGAUGACACAUCCAUCUAUUAGCACUUUAAUGUGGCAACUACACAUCCUAUCUCAAGAAAGUGAAGGAACACUCCCUUGAAUGAAGAUACUGCUGGAUUCUACUCCAACUUUAACUCUGUGACUCUG